CAUCUUCGUUGCACCUUUGCUCUCCAAGUCAACUGGCCUUGUUGCUCUUCCAGGACCAGCUCUUGUGACCGGCAUUGCCUCCCAGUUGAAUGAGAUGAUCCAGCUGAGCACUGUGACCUUCAGCCUGGCCAACUUCACCAAUUACGGAUGCCACUGUGGACCAGGGACUCAAGGGUUUCCCGUAGACGACAUUGACAGGUGUUGCCACGGGCAUGACUGUUGCUACAACAAAGCAGAGAUGUAUGGUUGUACUCCACACCUCCACACAUACAGAUUCUACGCUCAGAGGGACAAAAUUAAAUGUGUCAAGUCAAGGGACCGCUGUGAAAAGCUCAUCUGUGAAUGUGACCGGAAAGCUGCUAACUGUUUCCGGAAGCAUAUUUUCACCUACAACCCUCAGCUGAAGAAUCAUCCCAUGGCCAACUGUCAGGCGCAACGGCCAUUUUGUUGAGUCGCGUUCCUAAAAGCAAAUGGAAUUGACAUCUCUCUUCUCUAUAGCAUUUCUACCUGCUUCUCCAUACAUUAACAGUAGAGUCUUGCUUAUCCGACCUUCGCUUAUCCGACAUUCCGUCGU